CUUUUUCCCUCCUACUUAUAAGGAGCUUCCCCUUCUCUUAGCUAACCAAAUCAACUCCUUUUUCAUCAAGUCAUACAUACAACUUCCUUCUUUUUUCUCCCUCCCAAGAAACAGAUUUCCAUUAUCACAAGCCUCUUUAAUUUAAAUCUUGUACUCUCGAUAUACAUACUUAUUCGUGAUAUGGCUUCCAACUCUAUGAGCUCUAGCGCUUCUUGGACACGUAAGGAGAACAAAUUAUUUGAAAGGGCAUUGGCUACAUAUGACCAGGACACUCCUGACCGUUGGCAUAACGUUGCAAGAGCAGUUGGUGGCAAAUCAGCUGAAGAAGUAAGGCGACACUACGAGCUCCUCAUUAGGGAUGUCAAUGACAUUGAGUCAGGGCGUUAUCCACAUCCCAAUUACCGUUCAAAUGGAAACAACCACUAAAAGCAUUUAAGCAACUCUAAAAGGCUCUACUGAAGUCGACGUGGUUCCAAAACCAUUCACAAAGAAUAUCUAAGCAAAGAUAUCUAAAUGUAUUUACUUGUUUUUGUGUUACGAUUAUGUAAGAAUUCUCUACUUCCGUUCUAAUCUAUAAAUCAAUCAAUGUGAG